AUGGAGGUUGGUGAGAGGAGGUUUUUGGGCCCUGAGUUCAUUAAGGAUACCUCUGAAAAGAUUGCUCUUAUUAAGGAUCGGAUGCAUACUGCUCAGAAUAGGCAGAAGAGUUAUGCAGACCGUCGUACUCAUGCUUUGGAAUUUCAGGUGGGAGAUCAGGUUUUACUCAAGGUGUCUCCUAGGAAAGGAGUAAUGCGCUUUGGGAAGAAAGGGAAGUUGAAAUUUCUUCGUGAUGAAAAUCGUUAUCAGCAUAUUGAUGUUGGUGAGAUUGAGUUGCAGCCGGAUGUAACCUAUGUGGAACCACCGUAUCGUAUUAUUGACCGUAGGGAUCAGAUUCUUCGUAAUAAGGUCAUCCCUUUGGUAACUGGUGAAACUGUUUGA